AUGGCUUCAGGUGUUACUUGGCACUCUGAGCUUUCAUACCAUCAUGGUACUUUAAUAAUCAACUACGACUACGAGCAUUCCGAUGUCAAAUACCAUAUUUCCCAGUACGCCCCUAUUACCCGAGGAAUCGUAUUCAAUAUCUGCUUCCCCGAACCAGAUAACGACAAUUCCGGUCUCAUAAGAGUCGAGCGAGAUCUCUCUGAAAUAAUCGAAACUCUCAACGACGAAUUCGACUUAUGUAGAACUGAUGUUGUAUUCUGGCUACGCGAAUAUGAUAUUUCUCUGGGAUGCGAAGACUCAACACCUGUACGCGGUGCAUCCUACGAACCUCCAGCUCUCUCUUGA